UGGUCAGCCAAUGAGCUAAGAAUGGUUCUUACCGUCUGGUCCCCGUAGUCCAUGGCAGACACCAUUGCUGGUAAAUCCUGAGCAACAGUGUCGUGACACUUUCUUUUAGUGUCCGUCGAUGACGAGUGUGCGUAGAAAUUUAUUUUCGGUUGCAAGUGCUGUGUAAAUUGAAUCGAUCUUUAACGAGAAUUGAAAAAAAGCAAUUUUUUGUGAAGAAUGAUGUCGAAAAAAAGUCAAUUACUGCUGUACGUCAUCGUGUCCAUCAUUGUUUCAGUUUGUGGACAGAAAAAUGCAAAGAAAGAUGAAGAAAGGAAAGAUGAAGAGUUCAAAUGUCCUGAAGGUCAAGGCAAUGGUAAUUUUGCAGACCCAGCAACAUGUAGAAGAUUUUAUCAGUGCGUUGACGGGUACCCAUAUCUGAACAGGUGUCCAUCAGGAUUACAUUUUGACGACAUUAGUAAAUUUUGCACUUUUAAAAAUGAAGCUCGUUGUGGACCUAUUGCUACAACUCCAGCACCUAUCACCGAACCACCAAUUGAUUUAGCAGAAAAAUGUGAUCCUGCAAACUGUCAGUUACCUUAUUGUUUUUGCUCGAGAGAUGGUACAAUAAUUCCUGGUGGUCUUCAUCCAGAUGAAACACCACAAAUGAUAAUAAUGACAUUUGAUGGAGCAAUAAAUCAUAAUAAUUUUGAUCAUUACCAAAAGAUAUUUGCUACUGACCGAUUAAAUCCAAAUAAUUGUCCUUUGAAAGGCACAUUCUUCAUUUCUCAUGAAUAUUGUAAUUAUAAUAUGGUUCAAAGUUUAGCACAUGAUGGACAUGAAAUUGCUACUGAAACUAUAUCAUUACAAAAGGGAUUAGAGGAUAAAGGAUAUGAGGAAUGGGUUGGAGAAAUGAUAGGAAUGCGAGAAAUACUUAAACACUUUAGCAAUAUUUCAAUAAGUGAAAUUGUAGGCAUGAGAGCUCCUUAUUUAAAACCAGGUCGAAAUACUCAAUACAAAGUAGUGGAAGAUUUUGGAUAUAUAUAUGAUAGUAGUAUUGGAAUUUCUCCACUAAAAGUACCAAUUUGGCCAUAUACACUUGAUUAUAAAAUUCCACAUGAAUGUAAAGCAGGCACAUGUCCUACUAAAUCAUUUCCAGGUGUAUGGGAAUUACCACUUAAUGCACAUUAUGUUGAAAGUUACGAAGGAGGACAUUGUCCUUACUUGGAUCAAUGUGUGCUUCAUAAUCAUGAUCCUGAAGAAGUUUUUGAAUGGUUACAAGAAGAUUUUAACCGUUAUUAUGAACAAAAUAGAGCACCAUAUAUGAUGCCUUUUCAUACUAAUUGGUUUCAAAUAAAGGAACUUGAACGUGGAUUAUCAAAAUUUCUUGAUUGGGCAGUAACCUUACCUGAUGUAUAUUUCGUAACAGCCACUCAAGCAUUAACAUGGAUAACUGAUCCAAAACCAAUAAAAUCUUUGAAUAAUUUUGAAGGAUGGUCAUGUAAAAGGAAAGAAAAUCUUCCUGGACCACCAUGUAACAAUCCAAAUAAAUGUGCUUUAGAUUUCAAACCUACAGAAUCAAAUUUUACUACUACAAGGUACCUAGAAACAUGUAGGGAGUGUCCUAAUAAAUAUCCCUGGUUAGGAGAUUCUAAAGGAACUGGAUUAUAUAAUGAUAAUUAUAAUCCUGAAAAAAAAUAAAAAUGUUUAAAACUUAGAAUGAUAA